GGACAUCAGAUCAUCACACCACACGCAUGAUACGCAAUGAUCUGGCAACCCUGGCAUUAGGGUCCAACCUACUGUACAACCCAACGCACAUAGCAACGUGUUAAACAGUAUGUGUGUAUAAUAAUGUGUGUGCGUGUGUGUGUGUGUGUGCGUGUGUGUGUGUUCGCGCGCGUACAGCUCUCCCAUGCUGUUUAGUAUGACAUGUCGCCCAGUGUUACGCAAACUACGUUGAGGGCGCAGCUGGGAAUGGAGAGCGCUGCGGGCUGGGAGAGAGGAGAAUCCCAGCAACGCCCGUUUUCCUCGGAAGCAGCUCGCCAGAUCGCAGGGAAGAAGGAAGACAGCAGUCUGUGCGCUGAGACGCUGAGCUGCUCCACUCGUCAACGUACAGAAAGAAUAUAAGAGGAAGGAAGCGGGAAGAGAAGUCACACCCUGGCUGAGGGAUUACGCGCUGCUCAGAGCCUGGCACUGCUCAGACCGACGACGCAAAUGCGUAAAGACGGAUAUUUGGAGACCGGUGUGGCCGGGGAAGCGCGUACCGAGGACAUCUGAGCUGGACCUGCUGCUGGAGCUCUCCCUGACCCGGCUCAGGGGACACUGGGGACACUGGGGACGGGUCGCAGAGCCUGCAUUUGCUCUGAAGCGGGUUUUAAAGUGGACACUGCACCAGGGACAGGAUUUCUGAGCUGUUUUCGGAGAAGGUCUGACUCGGACGUUUGUACGGACUGUAUUAGGACAUGAUGAUGACUUGCUUUGUCCUGAACCUAAUUUCUAAGGAGACUAAAUCACAGAGGAUGUAAAGAAGGCUUGUCUUUUUUCUAUAGUGUCAGGACACGCCGCAGACAGGGACAGACAGCUUGGCUCUUUUAGUCCUUCUCUCCCACCGUUUCUUCGCUCGUAGAGACAUCUGGGUGGCGAUCUGCGGAGGAUGGGAGAGAGAACAGGAGCACAGACGACGACGACGGUCUCGGGAAGACGCCGUCCUAAAACAGGGCAGUGAUGCCGGGCAUGGUGAUGUUUCGGCGGCGCUGGUCAGUUGGCAGUGAUGACCUGGUGCUGCCCGCUUUCUUCCUCUUCAUACUGCACUGCAUAUGGCUGGUGGUGCUCUCUGUGGUUCUGUUCGGCCUCCCGUACGGCUCGGAUCAGUCAUGCUCCGUCACGCUGGUGGACCACGGCCGCGGCUACAUGGGCAUCCUGAUCAGCUGCCUGAUCUGUGAGAGCGCCAUCAUGUGGCUGAGCAUGAGAGGCAGCAUCCUGUACACACAGCCCCGAGAGGCUGUGCAGUACGUGCUCUAUAUACGGCUGGCCAUCCUGCUGGUAGAGUUGGUGUAUGCGGUGGUCGGGAUCGCCUGGCUGGUGCAGUACUACCAGCCCUGUUCCGACGUCACGGCCAAAAACCUCGCCCUCGGUAUCGUGGUGUGUAACUGGUUAGUGAUCUUCAGUGUGUGUUUCACCAUGAUGUGCACCUUUGACCCCACUGGAAGAACCUUUGUCAAGCUGAAAGCCACACGCCGCCGCCAACGCAACCUGACAACGUACACACUGAGACACAGGUUAGAGGAAGGCCAAGCCAGCAGCUGGAGUAGGAGACUCAGGUUCUUUAUGUGCUGCACCAGAGCUAAAGACACACAGUCUGACGCCUACUCGGAGGUGGCGAGCCUCUUCGCCGAGUUCUUCAGGGACCUGGACAUCGUACCCAGUGACAUCAUCGCUGGCCUGGUGCUGCUCAGGCAGCGACAGAGAGCGAAGAGAUCCGCCAUCUUGGACCAGCCGAACAAUGAUAUUUUAGCCUUCCUGUCUGGGAUGCCGGUAACACGCAGUACACACUACCUGGAUCUGAAAAACUCGACGGAGAUGGCCAUGUAUAAGGAGGUGUGUUAUUACAUGCUGUUUGCCAUGGCGGCGUACGGCUGGCCCAUAUACCUGCUGAGGAAUGCGACCUGCGGUGUCUGCAGGCUGCUCAGCUCCUGCACCUGUGCGUCUGGCUCCAGGUCUCGUCUCUCUCAGUCUGUAACAGUAGAGGAGGACAACUGCUGCGGCUGUAACGUCCUCGCCAUCCGGCGGCAGUUUUUGGACCGAGACCUUAAACAGGUUCAGAUCGUCUACACGUCCUGCCACGAUGCGGUUUACGAGACGCCUUUCUACGUAGCAGUAGAUCACGGCAAGAAGAAAGUCGUCAUCAGCAUCAGAGGAACGCUGUCUCCUAAAGAUGCUCUGACUGAUCUCACUGGAGAUUCAGAGCGGUUACCUGUGGAGGAACAUCACGGUGUCUGGCUUGGGCAUAAGGGAAUGGUUUACUCAGCAGAGUACAUUAAGAAGAAACUGGAGCAGGAGAUGAUUCUGUCUCAAGCUUUUGGCAGAGAUCUGAGCAAAGGAACGAUGCACUACGGCCUGGUGAUCGUAGGUCACUCUCUAGGUGCUGGCACUGCCGCCAUCCUGUCCUUCCUGCUCCGUCCUCAGUACCCCACGCUGCGCUGCUACGCUUACUCUCCGCCCGGAGGCCUGCUCAGCGAGGAUGCGAUGGAGUACUCGAAAGAGUUUGUCACCUCAGUGGUGUUGGGGAAAGAUCUCGUCCCCAGGAUCGGCCUCUCUCAGCUCGAGGGUUUUCGUCGACACUUGCUCGAAGUCCUGCAGAAAAGCGACAAGCCAAAGUGGAGGAUCAUCAUCGGAGGCACUAAGUGUAUCCCUAAGACAGAGCUGCCUUUAGACGAUGACCCUCCCUCUCAGGGCAUGACUCCGUCCACCUCCCGGCUGUGUCUCCAUCCCAGCGACCUGAGCAUCGCCCUGUCCGCGUCCACGCCGCUCUACCUGCCCGGACGCAUCAUCCACGUCGUGCACAACCACCCACCUGAAACCUGCUGUGGUCAGGAGGAGCCCACCUACUCAGCUCUUUGGGGGGACAACAAAGCUUUCGAUGAGGUUAUCAUCUCCCCAGCCAUGCUGAACGAACACAUGCCGCACGUGGUCUUGGAUGGCCUCAAUAAGGUUUUGGAAAACUACAAUAAGGGCAAGACGGCUCUUCUGUCUGCUGCUAAAAUCAUGGUUAGCCCGACGGAAGUGGACCUGAACGCUGAGACCUACUUCCACGGAGUCUCCAACUCCCACGAGCCCACGCCACAAACCCAACACCGCAGAAACAGCAGCGUCCGCUCCUGCGCUCGCUCCGAGAUCUCUCUGGAUGGUUUUUCGGAGUGCCCUCCUCCAGCCGUGCCUGUGGUGCUGAUGGGUGCGCGUGAGCGUUUGGCCCUGGAGCUGCGGGAGCGAAAGGCGCCGCUGGCUGUGAUGGAAAGCCUUUCGGAUGUCGACUCUGUCUACAGCAUGGACUCUCGGCGUUCCUCGGCUGCUUUCAGAGGCUCGCCGUGUCUUGGGACGCUCCCUUUCCCCCUUGACGCCCCGAUUCCUGAGGAGAAUCCAUCCCUGAGUUCACGUACCGAGCUGAUUCAGGCCUCACCUGAGCGAGAACUUAUGGGCCAAACCGGGCCCUGCUGCCCCACACCACCAGAACACGCUUUACCUCCCAAUCAAAGCCACAGCCUCUCUCCGGAACUUGUGGUACCUUCUAAUCAAGGCCGUUCCCUCUCUCAAACCAACCGUGGUGGCCAUUUUCCCCGGUUUACGCCAAAACAUAUCGGUGAGGGCCAGCAAAAGGCACUCUUGCGCACUAAAUCAGAGACUUUUGAAGUGUUUCAGAGGUCUAACAGCAAGGACUUAAGUCCUGUGGCCCCCUGGACUGGCAUUAUACGGGAGGAAUGCAGCGAGAAUCCAAAAAAUGAAGGUGUGAAGAAAGAGGAGAAGGGUACAAAAGCGGUCAGAGUGGCACCGCUGUCCAAUGGGAACACCAGUCAGGCAGUGCUGGAAUUUGCUCAGUAUCUAGAUUCCCUCUUCAAGCUAGACGGAAGCGACUCUCUGCCUCCGGACAAUUCUGACGCUGAAUCCGAAUCGGGACGGGGCUCUUCGGUUCAGACGGAAGAACAGCGCAUGGAGGACUUGGACAGCGAGCAGCAGCUACUGGCCAGAGCCACGCUCGAGCCCAAUCUCGUCCCUAAGCCUCCUCGAACCUUCGCCGGCUCCGCUGAACCCUCAUCCGGCAUCUCUCUCUCUCCAUCCUUCCCUUUAUCCUCGUCCGGAGAGAUAAACGACCUCUCACCCGGCAAUCACGCCGUGCUACGGACUUCCUCUGCUUCUCCUUAUGCCGAAGAAAACACGUUAUCAUCCAUAGUGUAGUGAGACGUGGACUUCAGGAAAUAAGCUUGUUUUUUUUUGUUGUUUUUUUUUGGUGUCUGUAUAUUUCACGUCCCGGUUUUACCCUCUUUAGCUCCUUCCCAACCUGUAAGUGGUGGCAUGGGGGAAUUUUAUCUUCGCUUUAAAAAGAUGCAUGCGUAGCAACCUGUUCAAGACGCCCAGGCCGAGAGCGUGGACUCGCCGGAAGCGUUUCUGAAAACCUCAUUUUGUACCAUCCUUGGACGUUUAUACACUGAACGUGGCCAACGCUCGCUGGUACGACAACGGAUUUACCGAGAUCAAGGAGACGACGUCGUGUUGUAAGGGAAGAAGCUUCACACAAAAAUAACCCUCAUCGAGUCCGACCUUAUGUUUACAUUUACGUUAACGAUGCGUGUAUAAAGAUUUGCUGGUUCGGACGGCGGAAAGGCGAUGGGCGGAUCCAGACUUCCGUAGAGGUUUGCCGAUUGAGUGACAUUUCCUCAGGUCUUUUAAGAACGGAGAUGAAAGGAAGAUUCUGAUUUCUACGUUACACUUUUCAGAAUUGAAGGCUGCGUGACGUGUUUUAUUGAGCAUGUGCGACACUCAAGAUCAUGCCCUUUGGAGUGUAGGGGCCUUUUUUUUAUUAUUAUUAUUAUUAUUAUUAUUAUUAUUAUUUACAAUUACGUUUUGGUGUGCAUGAGAAAAUAACGAAUGCUUAUUUAUAACUUUUUGACUUUUUGUUGUUGUUGUCAAUAUUACCCUGCCAAAUAUGUGUAAGAAAUGACCUUUGAACAAAAAAAUAUAUAUAUACAUGGAUUUAUUGGUAUUUUUUUCCCCCACAUAUAUUUUGCCAUAUAAAUCCACUGACAUGGGGCAUGUACACCAAUCACAAAGUUACAGAAUUUUUUUUUCUAUUUCAGGAGUCACAAUUCAAGAACACGUAGCAGUAACUGGUCUUUCUAGGGACGCUCUCUCUCUCACACACAUAUCUGCAUUUUUAUCAUUUCUACUGCUGUUGCUAUGACUAUAUUACAUUUCUCGGUGGUUUAACUUUAUGAUGAAUAUUUUAGUAACUGUUACAGUGUGACUUGCCUUUUUCUAUUUUUUCUGAAUUAAGUGUUUUUCAGUUUUCUUUCUUUUUUUCUUUCUUUCUUAAAAUAGCAGGAGUUCAUCUCGUGUCUGUAGGAAAAGUACAGCAGUGGGACACACACCGGGUGCUGAAAUACUCACACGUGUUAGUCCUAGGUAGUUGACGGAGUGCACUGAAAUGACUGUUCCUGCAGUGCUAAACAUUCUGGAAAGAAGUAAAGUUAAAUAUGAUCAGAAAACAGAAUUAUGGGAUUGCCUGGUUCGAGGAUGACGCCUGAUUCAACCUUAUCUCCAGAGUACAGACAUGCUGCCUGAAAAUCCUGCCUACCUGUGCAUGCUUUCUGCAAUGACCCUGAUAACCAUAAUUGUGCACUUUGAACAUCAGUAGUCAUUGUAUAACCAUCUGGCAGCAUAUGCCUAGCAAUUACAACCUGUACCUUAAAGGUCAGGACAGUUUCCCCUUCCCUCAGUGAUACAGAUUUCACAGUGAUGAUACUGAACAAAUUCUCACCUCUGCCAAGUUCGUCCGUGCCCUCAGGGUCCACUGCUGUACCCCCCCCCCCCCCCCUAGUGAUUGUGAAUAGCUGUCUUUUUCCCCCCACGUGAUUAUUUUAUGCCAGUAAGUAAAUCCCAUCUCGUUUUUUUCAGUCUAAACUAAACAAUUGAAGUAAAUACUUGACUUGGGGAGAUCAUAAAGAAAAAUGGCUGUGUCCUGUACCAUAGUGAUGACUUUAUCUGAAAUCUAUAGCUAUAUGGAGUGUAUAUAUAUAUAUUAUAAAUAGCGGUUUGGGGGAGGGGGUGGAUUUUAUCUGUGCGUAUAUGCUGAUUUAUUAAAAGAAUCAGUAAUAGUAGCCACUGAUCUUCAUGAAGAUACGCAUUUCUUUUUAUUGUUGCCAGAUAA